CGCACGACGACAGUCGAUAACCGUUCAUUCGUCCCACCGCCGCCAUAGAGGCCAGGCGUGUUUACUGUUCAUGUGAUUACAGGAAUUGAAAAUACCCGGGAAAGCAAUCAUGGAUAAGGAACACGCCCUUGAGGAGAUGAUGGGGAAGCUUGGUGAUUUCGGGAAAUACCAAGCGUUCCAGUUUUUCCUGCACAUCCUGGCAGCUAUGACAGCUGGACUUCAUAUGCUGUCCUUGGUCACUGUGGCGGCAGUACCAGAGCACAGGUGUUUCCUGUCUGGAAUAGACAGUUUUAAUUAUACGGAAGCCUGGAACUCUUCCUUGGUACUUGGAGCUAUACCAUUGAAUGAACAUGGAAAACUGGAUUCUUGUAAGGUAUACGGAGAAAAUAAAACCCUAGAGGAAUGCACAUCUUGGGUAUACGAUACACAAUACUUUACCUCUUCUCGUGGUAUUGAAUGGGAUUUUGUGUGUGGAAGGCGGUGGAUGGGGGCAGCUGCGCAAACGGCGUAUAUGAUUGGCGUCGUCAUUGGAUCAGUUGUUCUCGGUCGGCUAUGCGAUAAAAUCGGACGAAAAACCGUCUUUGUCUGGGCAGGAAUUCUUCAGUUAAUAUUUGCUGCCUCAGUAGCGUUCUCGACCGACUAUUAUAUGUUUGUUACGAUACGAUUUCUCUACGGCAUAUUUGGGUCCGGAUCAUAUAUCGCAGGAUUCGUACUUACCAUGGAACUCGUAGGACCAAGCAGGCGUACGUUGUGUGGUGUCACUUUCCAAAUCAUGUUUGCGAUUGGGAUAAUGCUCAUUGCAGUGUGGGGAUAUCUCAUAGACAACAGGUUCUAUUUACAAAUUGUCUAUGCAUUGCACGCAGUCAUUCUUUUGCCUCAUUGGUUUUUAAUGGACGAAUCUCCAAGGUGGCUUUGGACGCAAGGCAGAGCCCGGGAAUGCGUAGCUAUAAUUAAAAAGGCUUUGAAAAUGAACGAUUCUUCCGAAACGAUUGACGCGCCGACACUAGUCUCUCAAUGUAAAGCGAAGAACGCCAAAUAUUCAAAUGAGGAAGCGGCGGGAACUUCUGACCUUUUCAAGUCACCGAAUAUGCUCAAAAAAACCUUGAUAAUUUGCGGUUGUUGGUUUGCGAAUUCAGUUGUUUAUUACGGGCUGUCAUUGAACACCGGAAAGUUAAAUGGAAAUCCAUACUUUAUAUUUUUCCUUAUGGGCGUGGUAGAGAUGCCUAGCUAUGUGAUUAUUAUGCUUUAUUUAGACCGCGUUGGGCACAGGGCUCUUAUAAGUGCAAUGAUGUUAUUUGGAGGAAUUGCUUGCGUUGCUGUUGUAGCAUUGCCGCACGGUUCCAUGGCUGCGACAGUGGUCGUCAUGCUUGGAAAGUUAUUUAUUUCUGGAUCUUAUUCAAUCAUUUACAAAUAUUCGGCUGAAUUAUUCCCCACCGUCAUCCGUAGUUCGGGUGUUGGUUUGGGAAGUAUGUGCGCCAGUGUAUCGGGAGCUUUGACGCCAUUGAUAAGUUUAUUGGACACUUUGAAUCCUAAAAUACCGACAUUUGUUUUUGCAUUGUUAGCUUUAUUAUCAGGGUUCUCUGCAUUUUUCCUCCCCGAGACAAUUGGGAGAGACUUGCCGCAGACAAUAGAAGAUGGAGAAAAGUUUGGCGUUGGUGAUAACUGUUUUACUAAUUGUAGCGGAAAACGAAUGAGUGUAGAUUCUGCUGAUGUACCGGAAACCAUGGUACCUUUAGAUGGAGAGAAGAAACAAUAAUCUAAAACAAACAAUGCCGAAAUGAUACCAGUCAAUUAAUUAUUAAAGUUUUCUUAAGUAUUCCAAAUUGCAUUAAAAUUCAGAAUACUAAUUAAAUUAUGCAUCGAUACAUUUACUUUUCGAAAGUGCUGUACUUCUUUCACAAUUAGUACAAAGAACCAAAUUCGAAAAGGCAGGUCAUUAAGUUAGCAAAUUAAAAAUACAUAUAUUUUUAGUUAUUUUAUAUAAUUUAAAUCAUAUAAAAGGCACACUUUUUUCACUCCCUAAUUGAGCCUCUUUUUUGAAAACCUAUACGUAUCAUAUUGUUCAUAGGGUUGGUGACAUAACUUACGAGCUUACAAACCAGCAAUAAAUAAAUUAGGUAUAAGUUAUUUUUUAGCGGAACUAACGUCAGUAGACAAGUCGAAAUUGGCAUUUAUAUUUUUAUUACUAUCUAGUCCUUAUUGAAACAAUUAGACUGGAUGUUAAUGUUAGGUUGUUAUUGACUGUACAACAGCACGUAAAUCUGCGUAAAAUAUUUGCAAGAGAAUUCGGCUGCAAUAUUUUUCAUAUAACUGUUUCCAUUGUUUCCAAUAACUAUUGUAAAACUUGAACUAAAGAUUUAUUUCAUGUAUACUUACUCCAUAACAUACUAUCUCUAGUCUACUUUUUAUAAUAAGACCGUUUUUGUGAAUGAUUCAAUAAUUUUCUUAUAUAUUAGCUAGUCUUCAAAAAUCAUAAUGCGAAUAACUUAAAAGUUAAAGGUUUGGUCAAACAGCGGACGGCGACGCGACGUGGAUGUCACACUGCGGACGUGACAAUCCUGCAAGCGUCGCGUCGGCCGACCCACCGCGAUAUCGAACAUUUUGAAACAAACAUUUUGUGCUCCUUUCCUAUUUAUUCCAAAAUUACUGAUUUCAACCUCGAACUUUUAUACGACGUGUGCCCAAAUUAUUUAAAAAAUGUGGCCUCGAUUUUAGAUUAGUUUUUUUAACUGUCUGAUUCUGUCCAUUUCUGUAGACGAAUACAAAGCUGCCGUCGCGACGUUUCCCGUCCCUCUGUUUGUUUGACUACUCAAACGAAUUUACUUAUAACACAACGUGUACCGUCACGCUCACGCCCCGUCCAGCCGUGCUUGUUUUGCAUCACUGUCGGGCGCGACGGUGACGCGACGAGACCGUUGGCGUCGCUCGACGGCGCUGUGUGACAUGUCUCAUAAUAAUCAGUACAUGACAACUGCUGAAGUCGCGCCAGCGUCGCGUCGCCGUUCCGCUCCGUCCGCUGUGUGACCAAACCAUUGUGUUCUUGGCGCAAUGUUAUAGACUCGCGAUAAAUAUGGUUUGGCGUAUACUGACGUAACUAUUAUAAUACUGUUUGAUGAAUUUGCUGUUAGUACAGUGUAGGCAACGAGUCAAUAUUUAUUGAUUUAUUUAAAAUCAAAUGGCAACGUGUUUACAUUUUAUAAGUAACAAUUACUGGAAGCAUUUCGUGUUCGAGAUUUUCUAGUGUUUUGCAUAGAAUGUUUAUUUUAAGUGAUUACGACAAUUAAAUGUCAAUCUUAUCUUCACUUUAGUACUUUGGUAUGUUCGAGGUAUCUUUCUAUAUAAUUAUAUAAUUUCUUAAUUGCUAUAUAAUUUCGUUCUAAACAGGGAAAUACAAAUAUGCUUAAGCAUAUAUUCAUGUAACGGCAUCUUAAUGUAUCAUAAAGAAAAUAGUAUUUUCUAAAGAGAUUUCACAUUAAACAUUCAUACUUAGUCAAUAGAAUUUUGUAGUUAAUAAAAUAUCUAUUUCAAUAGAUCAAAUAAGUUUAUUAAAAUAUUCAAGUAUAUUUUGUGCUGAGAAUGAAAUAUUGGUGCUAAUUUAUUCAUACGUACUAGGUUAAAACUAGUCAAAUUAAGUCUGAAUUUGCAAUUCAGGAUAAUUGGCGGUUACUGUAUUUAAAAAAUAACGCAUUUUAUCGUCACCUCUACUGACAUGAAUUAAAGAAAUUAAUUAAUAGUAGUCUGUGCCAACUGUUUGCCAUUUUUUGUGCCUUAUUAUAACUAGACUGCCGUCUGUAAUAAGUUUUUCAUCACAAUAAUUGUUAUAAGUGUUAUAAUGAUAGCGGAAACUAUACGUAAAAUACUUUAACCUUUGAUAUUUUUGUAUAUAAUAGGUAUAUACAGUGAGUGUACUUCUAAGAAUUAAAAAAAGAAAACUCUUAUCACACGCGAAUCUAUGAAUGCAAUAUUACCAUGUUGUUUUGUCGCUCACGUAUGUAAUUAAGGUUAAUCGACCUAAAAUUUGACUGAAAAACUAAAUUGUAUUUUGUGACAGGGUUUUAGGAUUGCUAAAUUAAUUGGAUAAGGUGCUUUUGAUACUAAAAAAACUAACUUAAAGAAAUAUGCUUUGUACGUAAACUGUGUAAAGAUUACCUUAAUAUCUAUUAUAAUGUGUCAUAUUUUUUAUAUUGUUUCCUAAAUAAAGUUUUACUUAUUA